AUCGUUCCUAUCUAAGACUAACAGAGCAAGAAUUCGAGUCCCUGCCACUAGAUACGCUUCUUUCGUUCCUUCUUGUUUGCAUUGGAGUCAUUGGUAUAGCUGGAAAGUUUCAAGAAAUUGAAGCUACAGCAGAGCUUCGAGACAAGACUUGGGAUAUUAUCGGCAAUAGACCUUCUUUCUACACAUUCCAGCACCGUUCUUUAAAUGUUCACAACUUUAAAAUUCAUAUUUAUAUAUUCAUGGCUCGCCAAUCCGUCUCUAAUCUUUCGGAUGGUCACUCAGAUUCUGUCGCUGCCCUCUCUCUCUCAAAUCGCUACCUUGCCUCAGGUGGUGAUGAUGGCCUAGUUUGCCUUUGGUCUCCGGACCAGAGUUCUGCACCUAUUUCUUCUAUAUCUAUUUCUGAACCUUGUUGUGCUGUAAAGUUCGGUGUAGAUAAGCCAGAUUUAUUGUAUAGUGCUCAUAACCGCAAUCUAUACUCGUGGGAUAUACGUAAUUUUAGUACGCCUCUUGCGGAAUGGAUGGUGAAUGACGAUGAAAUUAAUUGUAUCGACGUAUUGGAUUGCGAGUCCCGUGUUGCCGUUGCUGAUGACACAGGGGCAGUUAAAAUUAUUGCUAUGGAUACAGGAAAUGUUGUUCGCAGUCUAAAAAAGCAUGAUAACAUCUGCUCAUCAGUAAAAUUCAGGCCUAAUAAAAGUUGGCAAAUCAUCACUGGAGGUCUGGAUUGCCGACUUAUUGUAUCAGAUUGGAAAGGUACUGGUCUUGCUGUUAUGAUAUUUGAAAUGGAUGAGCUCAUUGAUGCGAAUCUCUAUCAUGAUAUGACUGCGACAUUAAAUGAGCAGGUCUCGCUGCAACAUCAUCCCUCUGAUGUUUCUCAUACUGAUUCCGAAGGUCAAGAUAGUGAAAGCGAUGAUAUAGAAAGCUUGGAAGAACUUGAUACAAUAGGUCUCCAUGAGAGAAACCAGGCUUUUUCCAUUGCAGUCACUACUCCUGAGGAAGGAUUUACUGUUAAUACAAGCAAUAUGUCUCAGGACUCCCCCGACAAUAUAUCACAAGUUACUGCUACUCGUUACACUAAUCCUUAUGGUUCAUCGCAACAUGACGACUCGAUUCAACGGACAGAUAAUGCCCAUUCGACUAGCGAAACCGAAGUGUCUCCACGUGGCUUUCGUGUGGCAUCAAAUGUUGAUUCUAACCAGUCCGAGCGCCCAGUUGCCAAUGCUUGGAGUGUUGGUGUCCCGGUAAAUCCGCCAAUGAUUCACGCCAUUGCUACCACUUCCUCUGGUAGUCUUGUUGCAGCUGGUCUUGAAAGUAGUACGAUUGAACUAUUCACGGGAGAAAGCAAACGACUAGCCCACAGCGAGUCUCUGUAUGGACACACUAGAGGUGUAUCUGCUCUAUUAUGUAUACAGGUGAGCUUACUAGUCAUUUUUAUAGAUGUUUUAAAUUACUAUCAUGUUUGCUUAAAGUUUGCCAGUACGUGUAUUUUGUUUCGUACUCCCUAUACUUGA